UGUGGUUCAAACUUUACAGCAGCAAUAUGUCUUCAUAAAUGGGUUUCUGGUACUGAGCAAUCUCAAUGUUCAGCUUGUAGACAGGCGUUCGGAUUCACACGAAAGAGACACAAUUGUUACAACUGUGGACUUGUCCACUGCCAUUCAUGCAGUUCCAAGAAAUCACUGAAAGCUGCUUUGGCACCUAAUCCAGGCAAGCCCUAUCGUGUCUGCGAUUCAUGUUACUCUAAACUAAGUAAAGUUUCAGAACCUAGUAUUGAUAGCAGGAAGAAUGUUAUGCCACGACUUUCCGGGGAGAACAAGGACAGAUUGGAUAAAGCCGAGAUAAGAUUGGCUAAAUCAGGAAUCCCAUCAAAUAUAGAUUUGAUUAAGCAGCUGGAUAGCAGGGCAGCUAGACAAGGAAAAAAGGCGGACGCAUUUUCUCUUGUUCGCACUUCUCAAACACCUCUAUUACAGCUUAAAGAUGCUUUCACCAAUGUGGCUGACUUACGGCGCGGGCCACCAAAACCAGCAGUAACUCCAUCUGGAGCAAGCUCCAGAUCUGUGUCACCUUUUUCAAGAAGAUCUAGUCCUCCUCGUUCAGUGACACCCAUUCCUUUGACAGCUGGUCUAGGUUUUUCAACAAGUAUAGCUGACAGUCUGAAGAAAUCAAAUGAACUUCUGAAUCAGGAAGUAGUCAAAUUACGCGCCCAGGCCGAGAGUCUGAGGCACAGAUGUGAGGCCCAAGAAUUCGAAGUUCAGAAGUCUGUGAAGAAAGUGCAAGAAGCGAUGAACCUGGUAGCAGAGGAAUCCGCCAAAUCAGAAGUUGCAAAAGAAGUUAUAAAAUCUCUGACAGCACAGGUUUUGGCUUGA